CAUGGCCUCCUUGAUGUAUGGAGACAACUUCGUUGUUCAGGCCUGGCGCAUCGUUAAGUUCGGCUGAUUCUCCACUGGCGCUGCAUUUAGCGGACUGACGUUUAUUUGACAAAUACCAUUUUUGAGGUUAAAGACUAAUAAAUUUGAAAGAUGUAAGUGUGCAUUGUGAAAUACGUUGAAAAUGUGAGGAUAAUUCUAAAGUUAUGCCCUGAAUGAACGUUUGGAUAGUGUAACUUUUGCAGGAAAUCAUUUUUCGAUCAUUAGGAUUUUUUAUUUUCAGCUUCAGAAGAUAUACAAAUUAUUUUAAGGUGAAUUGAUUGUUCAUCGUUUAUAAGUAUUUUAAGCAUAACCUGCGGCACUAGUACGCAGACACAGAUGCAGAGAAAACGAUGUUUCAAAGAACCUUCCAUUUAUUAUGCAUACUCUAUGGUUUUAUCAACGGUUAAGGUUGAAUGCGUUACAAAUCUGUGAUUUUUAAGACAUGGCUUAAGUUUUCUCAAAGGUAUUUGCAACCUUUUAACCAGCAGAUAUUUGCAAUACAUUGUUUAGGCAAAUGAAACUAUUUUGCACACACGUAUUUUCAAAACCUGCUAUUGUUAAUUUAGUUUUAGUAAAAUGUACAAAGAAAGUCGUUUUUUUUCAAAUGAAAUGGUUUAAAAAAGCUCGAUCCAACGUUCUUCUGCUAGAGUGUCUCUGAACCGUCCGUUCCAAAGUCCCUGUCUGGACCUCUGCUCACUCUCAAGCACCGCUCGUGGAUCACCAAACUCCCGAAAAUAAUCUACUACUUUAUAAUUUUUUUUGAGUUUUUGUAUUUAGAAAUUAUCAAUUACAUUGUGGGCUCUUUUUCACCUUCUCUUAUGCUGAUUGUGCUUGUUAAAUUCAAUUUUUUUUCGGAUUUAACCUCACAAAUGCUAUUUGUCACAUAAACGUCAGUGCGCUAAAUAGGGCGCCAUCUACGGUUUCGAAAAAACCGCUGAAGCUUAUCGAUGCGCCAGGCCUGAACAACGAAGUUGUCUCCAUACAUCAAGGAGGCCAUGGCAUAAAUAAUUUCUAACCGUGACUUAACGGAAACGUGCCCAAAAACUUAAUCUAAGAUAAACACAGAUAUCAAUUUCGCCAGUUAUGCGUCUUUCACGAAGAUAAAGCACACGUUAUGAGAUCACAUAUUCACAUGAAGUCAUCACAUAAACUAGAGUUCCUUUAUUAGAAGAGUUGGAACAGUGAACGUCAAACAGUGCCAAUUUUGUAUUAUGUGGAUAUGCAACUUAUGUCAGAGGUUCAUGUCGAAAAUAAUAUAGGAACUCUAACAUAAACCAGUCGAAAAAGCACAACCAUGGCUACAAGUUGGUUCUUUGUGGCAAUUGUGCCUUUGGUUCUGUGUUUACAACCCAAAAUUGUAAUGGUACCACAAUUCGGGAGAGUGUCUCAAGUGAUGGAUUUCACCUUAAAUAGCAACAUCAAAUAUUUACUUCUCUAUCACCCCCAAAACAACAAUAAUCCGUACUCUAUCAAGGCUUGGAGCGAUUCUGCGUCGCCUCAAAAUCCAAUUUUGAUCGUCGUCAAUCAGGGAAUUGACACCUUGUCAUGGUCGGUACCCUAUUCCAUUUUCAGUCAAUCUGAAGUUUAUUAUCACACUUCCCGGACCUUGUGCGACUCGCAUAAUCAAAAUUUUACCAUUACUUUAUCGACUUCGGCACCCACUAACACAAAACUGUCGAUGAUUGUCGAAGAAGAGCGUUUUUUUCAUUUAGUAAACGGCAAAAGACACACAAUUGAAAUAUCACCGAGCGAACCUCGAUAUUUUUCCUACGACUAUGUGCCUCAAAGUCACAGCUCACUUGUUACCAUCGAAAUUGAUUCAGACGAUGAGACCUGCCUCAUGGUUUCAGUCCAGAAACAUACAUGCCCAGUUUUGGACUUAAAUAAUUUCAUCAAUUAUCAAGGUUUUCACCAAACGAUUCUCACAAAAGGCGGCAUGAGGAUUAGAAAAAAAUACUACACUGGUGGAUUCUUUCUUGUGUUUACUGUCGUAGAAGAUGAAGUGUGUAAGAAAAAGGACCUUCCAAUUAUCCCCAACCAGAAUCAAUCCUCCACUGUGCAUUUCACAGUAACUGAAAAUAUAGAAAGCAAAAAUCACUACAUACCGGCAGUUUUUAUCGUUCUUGCUUGCUUUAUCCUGUUCAGCUUUGUCGCAAUCGCCAUAUUUUGUGUUUUCGAAAGAUACAGAAAAAAGAAAAUUGCGGAAAAUACGGAACAAAUUGCAAUAAAUGUAGAUGAAAAAACGGAAGAAGAGAUAACGAAAGAAGAGAUAACGGAAGAAGAGAUUCAUGAGGAGAGGGAUGAAAACAACCAGCAAAUUCCGAAUAAUGUGGCUGACUUUUCGCAAAAUACCCAAAAGAACCAAAAACGCUCAAUGAACUAUUUGUGGCAAAUCUUAAACGUGGGUCUUUUUUACAUAAUUCCAGUCAUCCAACUUGUGGUGACACUUCAAUCAUUUCUCAUCCAAACCGGAGAUUUCGACCUGUGCUACUACAAUUUCCGAUGCGCUAACCCGCUCUGGAUUAUUUCAGAUUUUAAUCAUGUUUUUUCAAACAUUGGCUACAUUCUGAUGGGAAUUGUAUUCAGCAUCAAUGUUUUUUAUCGUCAUUUUUACUCGCCACCACUGACUACCGGAGUACCAGCUAAUUAUGGUGUUUUUUACGCCAUGGGUGCUGCGUUAAUUAUGGAAGGUGUAUUGUCGGGGUGCUACCAUUUGUGUCCCAAUGAAACAAACUUCCAAUUCGACACCAGUUUCAUGUAUGUUAUGAUUGUGCUGUGUUUGGUGAAGUUGUACCAAAACCGACACCCAGAUGUUACACCAACGGCUUACACCACCUUUAGCAUACUUGGAGCAACGAUUUUGUGCGGCACGAUUGGUAUAGUGUUCAAGGCCCCUCCCGUGUUCAUUGUUUUCGUAACAAUCGCCUAUCUAGUUUUGUUGAUUUACGCAUCUUUGAACAUUUACCACUUUGGAACUGCUCGCAACUUUUUGCGCCGCUGUUGUCUUCGAAAUUCGGAAGUCCCAAGACCCAUCCAAUCGCCAAACACGCAUCGUUGGUGGUUACUCCUUCUUGCAAUAACAGUCAAUAUCUUACUGUACGGUUUGGGACUAAUUUUGUUUUACCACACAAAAACAAUCGAUUUUGCAACCUUUAUUUUACAAAUUCUGGCAGGAAACGCGUUUCUAUACACAGUGGUGUACACCUGCAUGAAGAUCAAGUGCACGAGUGUUCGAGAAUGUACUUGUAGCGAAAAAAUUUGUGCUCAAGCAAUUAUUUAUGGGUUUCUGGCAUUGGUGACUUGGGUGCUAGCUGGGGUAUUUUUCUUUGCCGAGGCCUCAAAAUGGACGGAAAGCCCAGCUCAGUCUCGCCAACUCAACAAACAGUGCAUUUUUGCGGACUUUUACGACAGUCAUGAUCUUUGGCACUUUUUCAGCUCCUUGGCUCUGUAUUUCACCUUCAUGUAUUUGUUGUGUAUCGACGACAAUCUUUACACAAACCGCGCCGACAUCCCCUUGUUCUAAAAUAUGUAAUCUUUUUUGUAUUUUUUGUAUUUUGAAUAAAAAAUGCAUAGUAA